AUCGUACAACGACGAAUGUGUGCAACUGUUGCAAUUGCAACUGUGUGGCAACGCCGCAAUAACACUUUUUCAUUGAUAGCGCGUAGCGUUGUUGUUUUGUGCAAAAGGCGCAACUUUUAAGUUAACUUAAUUGUUUAAAAACUCGAAUAAAAUGCUCUAGCUAAGCGAUUAUUAAAAUAAAAAUCUAAGAGAAUGGCAACGGCAAUCGGCAGCAACAACAGCGACAUUGUUUUGCUCACCGAUGUGGUGCGCGAUCAAUAUGUGCGAUAUCUGGAGCGUCAGUUGGAAGAGAAUGUGUGUGUGUGGUCCUCCGCCUCCAGGAAUCAUCACAAGCCCUCUGCUUGGUCGUGCAUCGAACACAGCUUAAAGACACUGGAAACUCGCGCCAUUAAAGCCUGUCAAGCAGCCCAACUCUAUCAACGCGCCAUGGUCAAGAUGAUAGCCGCUGUGCGGCGCAAUACACAGGAAUGUCGCUUGGCGGAUGCGCUCUUCGAGCACAUGCAACGACAACAAAUCGAGCAAGACAACGACUACGACGAUGUGGAAGAUGUGGCAAUGAAGAGUCGUCAACAGUUUGUGGACAAAUCAACGCAGACAGCUGCAUUAAUCGAGGGCAUGCCAAAUGGCGAAGGCGAGCACAAUGAAGAUGACAAUUAUACAAGCUACACGCUGUGCCAAAAAAUCGAUUUGUUUCAGAGUCGACUUGUCGAGCACGAAACAAAACAACAGCAGCAGCAAUCAGAGUUGCAAGUCAAUGGAAAGCAACCGAUGGCAUCGCCAGCAUCCAGCAUUGAGGAUACAGUUUCUCAGGAGCUAGCCAAACUCUUUGAUGACGAACCAACGGAUUUGAAUGCUUUGUUUGGCAUUGAAAUAGAAGCGAAUACAGAUGAACUCAAGGAGUUCAAGGAGACGACAACACCACAACAGAAGCCAACGACAUCGCCGGAUUAUACGUUGCCACUGCCAGCACACAGCAAUAACCAGCAAGUGGACUUGCGGCACAGUCGUUGGCCAUGUGAAUUGUAUGCACAACGACGUCGCCUCAAUGCGUGCUUGGUGCGACUGCUGGACGCUGAUUGGCGCUGCGAGGAUGCGUUGCGCUACAAGUUUCAUAUGUUGUUUGGCGAGGAUAGCGAUGAUGAGUUUGCCACCGAGAUAUCUAGUCCAAGCAUUGAUCUGGUCGAUGAAGUGCUGCUGGCAAGCUGCAUAUUGCGAAUACGCCCAUGGAUCGUACAUCAUUUGAUGCGUCCACUGCAAGAGGGUCUAAUAGCCAAUAGAUUUCUGUUCAAGAAGUUGGCCAAAAUGCUGGCCAAUAAUAUUGUCCUGAUCAAUCCUUAUAGCAGUGAGCGCCAAGUGAAACAGGCCGUUGAACAAUUGUUUUGCAUUCAGCCCAGAGGAGUUCAAUGCGAGCUGGACUUGGAGUUAUUGCCAUCAGUGUUCGUGGAACGAUUCGAGAGUUGAAAAGCACAUACAACUUUUGCAGUUUUUUUUUUUACCCCCUACAAAAUAUACAAUUAUCUUGUGUACCUUAUUGAAAAGUAUUGAAAUGAAUAAUAAUGAAAAAGCAAUACACUAUUUAAGUAUAUCAAAGAAUCGACCAACGAUUCAAAGAUUAUGAUCUCUUAAGAGUUGCUCUCACAUUAAGUAGAAUUAAAAUAUAUAUAGUUUAAUAAUUCAUGCCGAUCUGUAUGCGUGUGCG